AUGAAAUUUUAAAAUCCAAAAGACAUCUUCUCUGUAAUUUUUGUAUAUGCUAUAAUCUUAAGUGAAUAUUAUGUAUUUAUAUUUCAUUAUUUGCCUUAUAGAUAUAACAAUGUAUCAUAUUAAUUAUUAAUAUAGAAUAGUGGAUCCAAAAUUUUUAUUGGCAUUGAAUCCACAAUCAUCUAUAUAAUGAUUCAUUGGGCUUAUAUUCAAGCUUAAAUACAAUCACCUGGUUAUCCCUCAAAAGAUUUUGUAUUCAUAUAUUCCCUUAAUCUUAGGCCAAAAAUUAUCAAGAACAUACAUUAAUAGAAAUUAAGAAAAGAACCAAAGAACAUUCAGAAAUCAUUCAAAAAAAAGAAAACCUAAACUAAUGAAGAAACAUGAAUUAGCAAUUGAUGAAGAAGAUGAAUUAUUGUAAAUCCAAUUUAAUAUUAUAUCAUUUAGUGAUAUCAUUUAAGCAAUAUAACUUGAUUCCUAUUGUUUCAAAUGUAAAAAUAUCAAAUAACCAAGAACUCAUCAUUGUAAAGAAUUUAAUAAAUGUAUUCUAAGAAUGGUAAUAUAAAUUAUCAUAAAUAGUAUCAUCAUUGUCGUUGGUUUAAUACUUGA